CUGCUCCCACCAAUCUCUGGAAUUUUCCCAAGUUUUUCAAGCUCCAAGAUGAGCCAGGAACAGAAACGCAGGCCUCAAGAUGAGAAAGAACGACCCAUCAGAUAUGGCGACGUUUUUAACGUCUCCGGUGAUCUCGCGUCCAUGCCUGUCGCACCGCAAGACGCUGCCAUGAUGCAGACCGCUGAACGAAUGGCGUUGGGACAGACACAGAAGGGCGGGCCUGCUGCUGUCAUGCAAUCCGCGGCGACUCGGAACGAGAGAGCCGCUCUUGUUGGUCACCGGGAUUUCAGUGACGUUGCUGGCGAGCUGGGCGUCACCGUUACGGAGAGCGAUGUCCCUGGAAGUCGCAUGAUCACCGAAUCAGUUGCUGGACAAGUUGUUGGACAGUACGUGGAACCAGCGGCAGUGCAACAAGCAGUGGUUGAGGUUAUACAACAGAGUGCAAUUACCAUAGGUGAAGCACUGGAAGCCACUGCACAAUCAUCAGGAAACAAGCCGGUGGAUCAGAGCGACGCAGCUGCCAUUCAGGCAGCGGAGGUGAGAGCAACAGGUACUAAUGUUAUCACCCCAGGAGGGCUUGCAGCCACGGCUCAGUCGGCCGCAAAUUACAAUGCGCGAGUUGAUCGAGAUGAGAAUAAGAUCAAGCUAAGCGAUGUUUUAACGGGUGCGACCUCUAAGUUGCCUGCGGACAAGGUAGCGACUCGGCAGGACGCCGAGGGGGUGGUGAGUGCGGAGCUAAGGAACAAUCCUAAUCUGGCGACUCAUCCCGGAGGAGUAGCGGCGUCAGUGGCAGCAGCUGCUAGGCUCAGUGAGAGAGUACUAAAUGUUUGAGAUUCAACAUCAACGAGGCGGCCCCAGAGCGGAAUUUCCAAAUAAACAAAAAGGCAGCAGUGAAAUAUUUCCCGCCCGUGUAUAUAUGCAGUCUGGUGGUGCAGCCUACUUGACGUUGAAUGCAUGUGUAUUACUCUCUUGCUUUUGUUGGAAGUGUGAGUUGUGUUGGCAUAUGGUUAAUCCGUAGUGCUUGAAAUGCAAUCGGUCGUAAUGAUUUAAGAUGA